AUGACUUUGUUCAGACUAGUUUUCAUUCCUCCCUCUAUGAGAGAGAACGACUCCUUGCAGUGUCGUAUUCAGAUCGUCACUAAGCCGGUCCAGAUGAUGUUCCAAAAAAACGAUUUCCUCCAUGCUUACAUUUCAGAAGUCCGAUGCCAGGUAAUCAACCACAAAUUUGCUUGGUAUAUUAAUUACUGCGAUCAUCAAACUUUGAGAGACGGGCGGAGUGAUCCCAGCAUUUACAAUGACCUCCAUGUCACUGUGAAAUGUUUCUGCUGGACACAUCCUGGAGAUGCAUUACGAAGGAUACAAGCUGAGCAUGCUCAUCUUUUUACCGAAAGGAAUAAGAGACAGCACAACAGGGCUAAAAAAAGUGAGAUAGAAAUAAACAUUGGUAUUACUAUAAAUUUUAAUGUCGUUAUUAAUGCGCAUCUUGUAUCUUGCCAGUUGGAGAAGCACCUGACCUAUGAGAAACUCCUGAAGUGGACCCAUCCUGGCAACAUGAAAGACACUCUGGUUGAAGUGAAGCUGCCUCAAUUCAAGCUGGAGGAGACGUAUGACCUGAACAAAGUGCUGAGCAGCAUGGGCAUGGUGGACGCUUUUGAUAUAGAGAAGAGUGACUUCUCUGGUAUGACUGGAGACAAGGAGCUCUAUCUGUCCAGCGUCUCCCACAAGGCUUUCGUGGAGGUGAACGAGAAGGGAACUGAAGCUGCCGCUUCCACUCAGAUGCGUUUCCGUUGUGGCCGUUCCUUCCUUCCUCGAAUUAACAUUCCGAUUAGCUUCACUGCAGACCACCCCUUCCUAUUCUUCAUCCGCCACAACCCCACCAAGAGUAUUCUCUUCGCUGGACGCUUCUGCUCCCCUUAGCGCGCUCUGUCUCCUUUACAACCGUUGGAAGGAUUUUGUAGUUAAUUAUCAUUUAUUUGCUUUACCAUUAUUUUAUAAUACCAUCCAUUUUAUUUACCUUUGCAUUUACAUUUUAAUGAAGGGCUUUGAGUGUUUUGAAGUGUUUGCAGAAACUCUGGAAGCGGCCUGCUGAGGAGUGAGAAAGGAGGACACCAUGAACGACACAUUCCGGCGUUGAGUGAACUGCAAACCUAUAGUCUUAUCUUAUGAAAUAUGCUUUUGAAAAUUGCAUGAAUGAGUUGUGUUCAUGUGAGUGUGCAGCUGUUUUCUGCCCCCCCUCCCUUCAGGGCUGCACCCCGUCGUGUAACUAGGGAGUUCGUAAUUCUAAUAAAAGCAGGGCAAGACUCAGUUGAAGCUUCAGAGCAUUGGCAGAAAUCUGUAACUGGGUUUCAACUGCACUCUCCCUGCAGGUAAAACUAAAUUCUGACUCUUGUCUCUUCUUUGUGUCUGUGUUGGGGUAAUUUAGACCUAACAACAACGAAGACUGCACCACGAAAGGUUGCACCGGCUGCGGUGCUGUCAAUUUUUUUUUUUUCCAGAAUUUAUUAGGUCAGAGUUGAUCUCCGAACUAGAUUGCCAACCAGAUUGACCGAUUACACUGAAUCGGUGCUGUGAGGGUCAAGCGGCCUUAUGAAGUUUUAUAGCAAGAUGACUGAAUCAACACAAGCUGCCAGAGUUAGAAACUUCCAGAAGCUCUGAUUCUACCAAAAAGUGAAGUUUCUAAAAGCUUAAGGCACAAAAAAUAUUGAAGUAGCCCAGAUAUACAACUUAGCGCAACUGAGCUGUAUAUCUGGGCUACGUCUUUUAAUGGUUUCAUGUUUUUUUUUUACCCGUUUUUAAAGGGACUGAGCAUUUCUUUUAAGACAUAACAUUCUGCUUUACCGCAGGGCCUUUCUCAGCAGCUCUGCUGUCUCUAGGUUUGAAUUUCUCUGCUGCUGGUUUGCAUGUUAUGCGGCUCGUUGUUGUGUUGUAAUUAGUUUUCCAGCGGGUAUUUCAGCAUUUUCCGGUUCUUUGCGCGAAGAGGUAGUGCUUUCACUUUGUCUCAGGACGGAUAAGAAAGAGAAAUAUCUCUUGUUCAUGGGAAGUUCUGCCAGAAACUAGGUGACCAAGUUAAACUAGGUGGUUCUACAUUAACUUAACCUAUAAACUUUGUAAUGGAUAGUGAGCUAUUUAAAAUAAAUUGCCUAAAUGAUUUCAAUUUGUAGACUAUUUAAAUAAAAUUAUUCAAAGUGAAUUUUCUAAAUUAAGAAUGUCUCAGAUUGUUUAUGGAUGUUUGUCUGUUUUGAUUAGCAUUGUUGGUGGUUUAUAUUUUGUUUUACUUAAUGGUAUUUGCACUUUGUAAUGUUUUGGGGGGUUUUGUAUGUACCUCACGGGCUGCCGUAGCUAAUGAGGGUGGGCCCUAUAAAGUCUGGUUCAAUCAUUGUGCCAAUGAAUGAUUUGAACUGUCAAAACACAAAGAAAUCAACACUUAGUGUUCCCCAGUGAAAGCAGCGAGGUACGUUUUGUUUUGUUUGUAUGGUAAGUUUAUGUUUGUAUUUUAAUAUUUGUAUAUGUUCUAGUUUUCAUGGUGACUGAGGUGACUGUGAUGAUCAUGGUGGAUUUGAAUCAAAGAAAAAUAAAACACUAAAUUCACCCGUGGAGACUGGCUGAUUCAUUCAAGUGCUGGGGAGCUGCUACAAACUUGAACCAAUUCUUCUCUUGACACAAUCUUAGCCAAGCUGUUCUAAAUGAUGAACUCAUAAGUAGGUCAAUCUACAAUAUAAAUAUGACCUAAGGUUUUAAAAGGUCAUUGGUCGUAGUUACCCAUCUGGUUACCUAGACACACCCAAAAAUCCCUAUUGCCGCAGGGCAGAGUUAUGCAGAAAUCUGAUUCUCUGCUUUUAAACAAGAUUGUCCUGAAAAAUGAAAUUGGACCUGAUAAAACACAAAUUCGAGGUUGAAGGAGUUUAGGCUUGGCAGUUCCACGAACCAGUUUCCUCUACUUAUUUCACCCGAAAGGACCAAUCACAACACUCACAAAAAUAAAAACACAUUCCCUUCAAGGGCACGUGGUGACUUGAAUGUGCUCACCUGAAUACGACACUGCAAGGAGUCGUUCUCUCUCUGCAGCAGAAACAGUCCUGAUCGCGUCAAGACAACUACGGAUCUUUC